UUCUUUGAGCCGAAUAAAAUAGAUUACCAUCACUAUGUCUGUUUUCAGAAAAAGAAGCAAAAGUGAUGCUCAAACUGAGUAUUCUUGCAGCAUUCGUUUUCUUGACGACUCAGAGACGAUUCAGCUAACAUUUAAGAAAGACACACUUGGAGCAUGGCUGUUUGACCGUGUUUGUGAAAAAUUGAAUCUUGUUGAAAAGGAUUAUUUUGGACUACGUUUUGUAGAUGCAGAGAAUCAGAGGCACUGGCUAGAUCCUUUAAAGACUGUCUACAAACAACUUAAAGGUUUAAACAAGAUGGUUCUUUGUUUCCGAGUCAAGUUUUAUCCCGAAGAUCCUAUGAAAUUGCAUGAAGAAAUUACAAGAUACUACUUGUUUCUUCAACUGCGCAGAGAUCUUCACCAUGGGCGACUUUUGUGUCCACAUGAUGAAUCUAUUCAGCUUGCAGCCUAUAUCAUACAAUCUGAAGUUGGAGAUUAUGAUCCUCAAGACCAUCAACCAGGAUAUGUGUCUGAAUUUAAAAUGCUACCAAAGCAAACCCCUAAACAUGAAGAGAAAAUUAUGGAAGCACACAGUGCCUUGGCUGGUGAAGUGCCAGCAGAUUGUGAGGCUAAUUUCCUCAGGAAAGCUGCAAGUAUGGACACGUAUGGGGUAGAUCCUCAUCAAGUCAAAGAUCAACGAGGUGAUCCACUGUAUUUGGGUGUGACACAUUUAGGCAUAAUGACAUUUAGAGGGAGCAGGAGAACCCAGCUGUUCAAGUGGAGUCAGAUCAGAAGGAUAGCAUAUGAAGGGAAGAUGUUUAUCAUAAAUCACAGUACUUCAGAGGAUGAAGAUACCACUAGCUCUAAAAAGGAACUGAGUAUUACAGCGGUUCAUUUGUGCUUCAAAGCCAUUAAAAAACAUCAAGCUAUUGGAUUUAAGUGCUUGACAGCAUCUGGUGCCAAGUAUCUAUGGAGAUGUGCUGUAGAACAGCAGUUGUUUUUUACGUUGUCAUCAUCUUUAACAGCACCAAAAAUUCGAUCUGGUGGUGGACUGUUUUCACGGGGAUCCAAGUUUCGAUUUAGUGGUAGAUGCCAAAAUGAAGCUUAUGAAGCCAGUGAAAACAUUCGGCGAACUGAACCACCUUUUGCUAGAACUUCAUCCUUGCCCAACUUUGGGAAAAAAAGCCAUUCAAAUGAUGGUAAAAGUAAUACUCUCAAGGAAAAUCGUGUAUCAGAAAGUUUUAGGGAAGAUCGCAGAAAGUAUAAUGUUUAUCUAGCACCAGGCAAAGCAAAAGAAGAAGCAGCUGUUGAUGUUCCUAAUAUCAUCACUAAUGAGAGCCCUGUGGUAACACCUACCAUAGAAGAGGUAGUUGAAACAGGACCUCAAGUUAAAGCUCCACUAGCAGCAGUUGAGGCAUUUGAAGAAAAGAUUCAAUUAACUUCAUCACCUGUUAUUGCAGCAGCACCACCUGUACUACACAAAGAGAAUGGACAGGUUGUUAAGGAAAGACCAGCAGUGUUGGAAACAAGUAUAGAUGAAACACUUCCCUAUGAACCAAAUAGGACUGUAGAGGAUAGUGAUGAAGAAGACAAUAAGAACAAGCCCUGUCUAGAUGAGCAAAUCAAGAUGCUAGAAGAGGAAUUGAUCAACCCAGUCGUUCAGAAAGAACUCAACUUGUCACCACAGUUGGUUCCAACUGUAGUCCCUGAGGUUCCUAAAAAACCUAAACAAUCCAGUACAGUUUGCUUGAAGGUCACUGUUUUGUCACUGGUGUUCACAUUACUGCUGUUUUUGGCCCUCUUCUAUGUGGUAUUCUUCAGUCCUUUCAAACAUCCUUUGAUUGCUAAAUUGAGAGCUAAUCUUGUCUUUUUGGAACCAGUCAAGGAUGUUUUAGUGCACAAGACCAAUCAGCUGGUCAGCUAUUUCAAGAAAUAAACAGUGCCAUCAGCAGGACUUUAAAAUAUCAUAUCACUUUCAUAAUCCGAAUGUUAACCCAGUCUUUAUCUUCUGAUGGAAAGACAGUGCAUAUCCAGGUUUACUCUAACCGUUAUAUUGUUGUGAUCUUUUAUUUAAAUUCUUAUUCUGUUGAUAAAUUAUUUCUAUUGUUUUGAUUACAAAUUUCUUAGGUGAAAGGAUUCCUUUUAUUUUCCUUUUUAAAGGUAAUGGAAAGUCCUAUUUUUUAUAUCAACAUUUUAGAUUGUGUAUUGUAAAUAUUUUGUUUACCAUAUUUUCUUUUCUCAUUCAAUCUUUUUAAAGGUUAGAGUAAGUAAAUAUGUCACAUAAUGAGUGCUAUUCUCGGGUUGUCAUUUUUAGUUGUAAUGCAUUUUUUGUAUGCAAACUUUUGUUACGUUUUUGUAUACAAAAACAAUAUUUUCAUUCUUGUUUUAUAAGCUGAAAAUGACAACUAAUAUGGACUCAGAACUGUUGGUGUGAAAGUAUUUCUAACAUCAUUGAUACUCUUAUUUGUUUGUGUGGUUUAUCAGUGAGAUUUUAAAUUUUUUAGUAUAUUUAAUUAAAUAAAAUAGUUACAAGUGAACAGACUAAGCAAUGAAUAUUGAAUUAUAGCUACUCAGUAAGGAAACUAGGAAAGACAACUUUAAUCCUGAAUCAGAAGAAUUUAGAGCCUGAUUUGAAUAAAAUAUAUGUAUUGUAACAUUUAAUGAUUUUAUAAAUAUCUUCAGUUUGUAUUUUGUAAGUCUUAGCUGAGCAGACGACUGGUCAAAGCUUAAUGAAAUUGCUCAAUUGUUUGACUUUUCCCCACUUGUAAUGUAGGUGGUCAACACAGAUUUAAGCAAUAUUUAUUUCUAUAAAUAAGAUAUUUUGUCCAUUUAACAUUGCCUUUUUAGUAUCCACAGCUGAAUUAGUUGUGAAUGAUAAUUAUGAUUUCAGUAUUUCUUGUCUUAGAAUAAUUGUACUGGAUGUUAUUUGUGUGUAAGUGUAAUCAUCUUGCGCAUAUUUUUAUUCCAUUAUGUGGUAAUGAUUUCUUCAUGUUGAAUCUCACAGUGAACAAAGAUAUUCAUUACCUUUAAAUAAAUAUUGUAGAGAAAUGGGAACAAAGAAUACUAACCAUGAUUAGUUAUUUGGUGGCAUUACAUUCCUAUUUGAUUGUAGUUUGCCAUGAGAUAUUGAAGUGUAAUUGGUCAUGAUGUAAAAAAUUUGAGAUUAGAUUACAAUAGAAAUUUCUAUCUUCUAUUUUGACUAUUAACACCAUAUCCAACAAUAACAAAAUAGUUUAAUGUUAACUAGUAACCAGUGGUGAUAGAACUUGUAACUAAAUAUCAAAUGCAUGCUGUACAUGUUAAAAUAUUUCCAUGAUUUUUUUUACAAUACAUGGGUAUGGAAAUCCUAAAACAUCUCUAUAGGAUAAUUGAGUAAUGUCAAUACUUAUUUGUUUAAAAACAAUCCCUUUCUUUCAAAGAUCACGUAUUUUGUUCACUUGUUAGCCUAUCCUUUUGCAGUUUUUGUCAGGUUUCACUAAGUAAUCUGUGGCACAGCCUUUCCGUUUGCUAAUGGUAGUUCGUUAUCACUUUGUCUCAUCCUUAUUUAUUCCUGAGUACGACUUCUUGUAGAACGCUUUUUCACUUUCGCCCAGGAUGAGAUAAUCUAUGUGAUGUGAUAGUUGUGCAAAGAAAUUGUGUAAACAAUGUAUGUUUAAGGGAAAUCAGGCAAAAACUUUAAGUAGUUCCUCAUACUUAAACACACAAGAAGAUAGUUGCAUGUGAUUCUUAAGAAAUGAUAAAGCUAUAGAUUUUUUAAACUCUAGUAAUUGAAAUGUAACUUUAUGCAUGUAAAUACACUAGAAUAUAUUUAAAUCUCAAUGAUUGACGUAAAUUCUUGAUUGGCAACAACUUUGUCAAUGCAGGUUUUUUUACAAAACAUUUAUACUAGUUUAUAAAAUAAAAUUUAAAAAAAAAAUUGGGUUGUGGAGACUACAGAAGUUAAUCACAAAAUAGUGGCAAUGGUUCUUAAAUGAAUUAGGUACCCUUGUGUUAAGUGAUUAGCUUUCACACAGAAAUGAGUAGAUCCCAUGUUUGAAUACAAUUUUUCCCCAAUCAUCCUUUAAAGCUUACUUACAAGUCAUUCUAAUUUGUUCAAUGUAUUUAUGUUCAAAGGUAUUUGUGUGAAAAAUGGUUGACACUGUCCUGCCAAACAGUGUUACCUUUUUCUAACUACUGGUGCCAUAUAAAAUAAUGGUUGAUGGUAAAUUUUGUCUUCUGUGGGUAAGGGAGUAGGUGUGAUCAGUAGGAUCUAGUUGUGUGUGUUGUUGCUGACCAGCUUUUGGUAUUUCUAGUAUAGAUUCUCUAUCACUUUGGCUUGUGGUAGUCCUUGCUUGCAUAUGCUUUUCUAUGUUUUGUUUGUAGUAAACAUUUUGUAAAUAUGUCUCUAAAUAAAUUCCAUUAUUUUCUAUACCUGAUUUGAAAGUGCAAUGUAAGAAAUGUUUUACAAAACUUGUAGUUGAAUCUUGUUUACCAGAUUCUAUUCGGUUGCUGUAACUUUUAUAUAAUAUUAGUUAAUACACAAUUAUGCCACACUUGUAAUUUAGAUUGUAUUUACUUUCUGUGAUGCACAAUCUUAUCAUAGCAGUCGGCUUCAUUUACACAUUUGCUCUAGCAAUUUUUUUUUUUUAUAUUCCAUCACCUUUCAGCUGUUAGGUAAUUUGUGUUUUGAACCAAGUGCUAAUUGAUCUUUUGUGGUCAUUUUUAAAAUAAUUGUUUUUAAGUCUUUUUUAUUUAUUUUUUUUAUUUUAAAAACAAUUUUUAUGCAUUCUAAAAUGCUUAUAUACAUUAAUAUAAUGCAAUUUUUAUAUUAGUAAGAUUUUCAAUAAGAUGAAGAGAGCCAUCCUUUUGAUGUUUUAAAUUAUUUAAAACUCCAUAUAUAUGAAGAUAAAUUAAGGUAGGCAACCUUUCUGCUCUUGCUAGUGUAGUUGAUAAUGGCACUACUAAGACUUCAGUGCAAGCAGUUCUCAUUUAUUUGUUAUACAAAUGUUCAGCAAAAAUUAAAGACAGUGUAUGCAUACCUUGACUGUUUCUUUAUAUUUUUGUCUCAUGGCAGCACUGGUUGUGUUUGUGUUCUCUAACAGUGGAAAGGGUGUGCUGUUUUUAAACUCUUCUGAUCUCAAAACUGUUAGGCUAUCCCUUCAACUUAAAAGCACUUUUAUUACCACAAAACUUGGUACAGAUCAAACAAGUUGCACUUUUGCCUUAUUAAUAAGAUUUCAUAUUUGUUGUAUAAUUAAUUUAAAGUAGUUCAUUCAAAGAAUGCAUUUAGAAUCUAUGUAUGGUUCACAUUUUAAUCUGUAUAUUUUUUAAAGAUGGAGUUGCAAAAAGAAUUUUUUUACUUUCACUUCAACACUGUGACCUGCCAAAUUUUUUAUGUUAAGGAAACAUAAGUUUAUCCUGGUGAUCUCACAGGCCAUACACAUAGUUUGUUUCACUGAAAUAGUUAUGGAGUGUAAUGUGUAAAUAUUUGUUUUACUUCAAUUACUUUUAAUAGUUUUAUACUUUGUUUAAACCACAGUUGUUUUUUUUUUACACCAGCCAAGUGAACAAGAGCCUUUCCUUAGAUGCUUGCUGCUUGUUCUCUUAUGACCAUCAGAAAUUUUAAGUAUUUCUGUGUUUUAACAUCUAGUCAUUUGAAACAAGCUUCUGUAGUCAUAAUGGCAUUCUUUAAUAUUAGUUUAGUUUACAUUGUAAAAUUAAUGGCACUAAAUAACGGUGACGAAAUCUGGCCAUAUCUGUCACAGAAGUAACCUGCAAUUAUCAUUGCCUUUCUGUGUUGAAACCACUAAUAGUUAUCUGUUCUUGUAAUUAAGUGCACGCUUUUUUUUAAAGGGAGGGUAGUAGGUAAUAAAAAUUAAUGGUUGUCAUAAUUUUUAAAAUGAGCUAAUGAAAAUGUUUAGUCCGCCAGAAUUGAGAAGGCUUACAGUUUUGUUUUUAAAUACAUUUUUACAUUCUUGAAACAAAUUUUUAAAAACGUUUUUGCUUGUAUUUCUACUUUUGCUGCCGUCUGUAACACUGAAAAAAAAAGAGCCAAAUAAAUUUUACACUAGUACCUAUUCA